AUGCAAACCUCGACAUUCGCUGAUGAGCUGAUUCAAUUAAAAUCAAACCGACCAGUUCGAAAAACCAGUCCUCUUGCUUCGCUCAAUCCUUUCCUAGAUUUGCAUGGUCUCAUCAGGAUCGGCGGACGUCUCCGUCAUUCCCUAUUGCCCGGCGCUGCAAAGCACCCCGUCGUCCUCAGCUCCCAUCCUCUCCUAUCCUGCUUAAUCGAGCAUCAUCACUAUCGAACAUUGCACGGGGGCCCACUACACACGCUUACAUCCCUGCGAGCGGAGUUUUGGAUCCUCCGCGCGCGCACCUUCAUACGAGUGGUGCUUCAUAAGUGCGUGCGCUGUGCGCGAGAAACAGCAAAAAUCGCCUCUGAACUCAUGAGCUACCAAGCGCUCGAGUCACGCGUUCGCGGAAUGCCGAAUAAGGUGUAUUCGGAUAACGGCACGAAUUUUCACGGAGCCGAUCGAGAACUGUCUGAAGCUUAUCGUCAAGCGAUUCGCGACCCGAAUUUCCUGAACAGUUUAGUCGGGGAAAAAACAUCGUGGCACUUUAUACCGCCGGCCGCACCGCACUUUGGCGGGCUGUGGGAAACCGGCGUUCGAAGUAUCAAGUAUCAUUUAAAGCGAUGCAUCGGCACGCAUACGCUAACCUACGAAGAAAUGACAACAAUUCUAUGCCGAAUCGAGGCUUGUUUAAACUCAAGGCCAAUCGCAACCGUCUCCGAAAAUAUUGACAAUUAUCGCGCUCUCACUCCCGGACAUUUCUUGAUCGGUACCCCUCUCCUCGCUGUGCCCGAGUCUAGAGACCCUAUAGUAAACAGAGAUGCGCCAACAGUCACGUGA